AUGGCGAAGACAGCAGAUUUGAGCGAAGUGGCGGACAAGGAGUUUGACUACGUGAUCUGCGGUGGCGGAACAGCGGGCCUCUGUCUUGCCGCGCGUUUGAGCGAGGACCCUUCGAAAACGGUCCUCGUCCUCGAGGCCGGCGACGCCAACCUCAACGACCCCGACAUCCUCAGGCCUGCUUCGUAUGGGAGCCAUUUCGGAAAGUCCGCGUAUGACUGGGCCCACAAGACGGUCGAGCAGAAGUUCUGCGGCGGAAAGACGUACAACUGGAACCGCCGCCCGCCUCCGACAUCGACGGCUCGUGUCUAUCUCGUUUCCGAGUUGUGCAUGCGUAUUGAACGUAUGUCCUUAGAUUUUGAAAAACUCGGGAACCCAGGAUGGAACUGGCAAAACCAUGAGAAAUACGUCACUCGCACUGAAAGUUUUGUCCAUCCCGAGCCUGAGAAGCAGAAGAAGCACGACAUUAAUUUAGGCUCAUGGAAAGGUGGCUCGGGUCCCCUCCUGACCGCUUUUCCGGGGAAGAUCAUUGCGGCGGAAUUGGACUUCCAGCAGACUCUGAUCAACUGUGGCAUACCCGUCGCCCCGGAUCCGCCGGCAGGCGUGUACUUUGGACCCAACAACGUCGAUCCGAAGACCCACACUCGAACUUACGCCGUAACGGCGUUCUAUCUGCCCAAUGCCCACCGCCAAAACCUCGUUGUGCUCUGCGGGGCACACGUCCGCAAUGUUCAUACAGAGCCUGGAUCGGGCGGCCUACUUACUGCGAAAGCCGUCGAAUUUGAUGUUGGCGGCAAGGUCCAUAGCGUCAAGGCCGCUCGCGAGAUCGUGGUUUCUUCCGGGGGUCUGAAGACGCCCCAUAUACUCGAGAUGUCCGGUAUUGGACUGAGCUCGGUGCUGAACAGCAUCAAUAUCCCGGUCAAGCUCGACCUUCCGGUCGGCGAGAAUUUGCAGGAGCACAUGUUCGUCGGGGUUAGCUGGGAACUUCGCGAAGACGUGUCUUUUGACACCUUGGAUAUCCUUCACGAUCCAGAGGUUGCUGCGAAGCACGUCGAGCUGCACGCCGUCGGAGAAGGCAUGUUCACCACUGGCAUCGUCGGCUUUGCCUUCACGGGGGUCGACAAGGUCUCUAAACGCUCCAAGGCAAUCCACGAGGCUGCUAAGGCGAAGAUCGAGCAAAGCAAGAAUAACAUGCCUCCGGGAUUGUAUGAGCAAUACCAGAUACAGCUUCAGAGGCUGGAGAACGGCUCACCCGGUUGCGAGAUUAUCAGUAUUCCCGGUUUCAUGAGCGGACCCAAUCCUCCGGAGAAGGGGAAGAAGUACCUUACGGCACUGGCUGCGGUGAAUCAUUGCUUCUCGCGCGGUACCAUCCACUCUACCACUGCGGACCCCUCAGUCGAUCCUGCGUUCGACCCUCGCUACUUCGAGCAGGACGUCGAUACUCAGAUAUUCCUCGAUACCGUCAAGUUCGUUCGCAAUCUCGUCCACGUCGCGCCUUUCAAGGACAUGGUCGUCAAGGAGGUCAAUCCGGGCCCGAGCGUCACUGCUGAUGCGGACCUGGAGGAUUGGAUGAAACAGACGAUGUCCACGACAUUCCAUUCGUGCGGUUCGGCGUCCAUGCUCCCGAAAGAUAAGGGCGGUGUUGUGGAUCCUGAGCUGAAGGUCUAUGGAACGAACAACCUCCGAGUGGUCGACCUCUCGGUCGUCCCGCUUCACUUUGCGGCGCAUCCGCAAGCCACGGUCUAUGCGCUUGCUGAACAGGCCGCGGAUAGGAUCAAAGAGGCGGCAAAGGUCAUUUGAGUACGAGUGAGGCUGAAACGGCGUAUGUUCAU